UUGCACGUUCUGCACGUUGUCCCUUUGAAAAUUUAAGAAAAAAAAAUUAAAUUAGGCUCCUUUAAAACAGAAUAAGCACACAUUUUAUGUGUUGUUUGUAUCUCUAGUGCUAGACAUAAGCAGCUACUAGCUUUUUUAAAUAAUGAUCAUCUAGGACAGGAGAAAGGUUUGCAGCAUUAAAUACAGUCCGUAUCAAGAUUUACUUCCAGAGCAUUGCACACACCACACCCUGUGAGGCAGACCAAAAUCAGAGCUGAGCGAAUCUGAAAACAAAAAGGAAGUCAGGCAAGGGGGACAGGAGCAGCUUCUGCCAGUCAGAGAGGUCUGCUCUUAGCCCCAGGUCUGCUCCCUGAGGUGGAAAUGUCCUCCCAGAGUGCCAACAAAAAAAAAACCACAACCAGGCAAACACAGAAAGAAUCAUUUUCCUUCAGUAGGGCAGAUGGGUAUUUUGGAAAUUGUACCUGAUUUGGGGGAAGAAGAUUGAGUUAGUUGUUAGACCUGAUUUGGGGGAAGAAGAUUGAGUUAGUUGUUAGACACUGGAACAGGUUGCCGGGGAGACUGUUGGACACCCCAAGACUGGCAUUGUUCAAAGCCAGGUUGGAUAAGGCCUGGAGCAGGCUGGUCUCGUGGGAGGCAUCUCUGCCCAUGGCCUGGGAGGCUGGGACUGGAUGAUCUUUAAGGUCCAUUCUAACCCUUAAACAUUCUAUGAUUAUAUGACGUGACUGCUUUUAUGCUAGGCUUUCUCAGAAUGAGAGACGGGGGAGUAAAGUAACCCUCAGUGCAGUUCCUAAGCACGCUUCACUUUCAAGAAAGGGGAUGUAGGUUUUCAUGUCACUCCGGAGGAAAUCACUUCCCGUAUAUUGUCCACUAGUUCCGCGCUGACAUCACGGGAGGAAUUGUGCUAGGAAGUUAGGACACCAGAGUCUGUGUAUCAGAUUCCAAGAAAACUUUCAAUUGCGUGCUCUCGCAAUGCGUAAUGCAGAAGUUACUGUGCCUGGUUUGCUUCAGAGACUCCCUUAGCAAUGCUCUCUGCCAUGCCGUGAGGAAGCCUCCCUUUUGCUGAGCCAGAUGUUCUGCUUCAUUGCACAGCAUGAAGAGGUGGAAAGGAGCAGAAAAACUGCAGUAAGAAAGACAAAAAACUCCAAAAAGCCAAUCCAACAAACAACCAAGGAUCAAGAGAAACAGCUGUGUUUCCACCUUUGGAUGGGGCAGGAGUGGCAUCUGGCAGAAGCCAGCUUUAACGUGGGAUUUAUCCUGAAUAAAAUACUUGCAGAAGAAAAAGAAACGUCAUUUGACUCAUUGAAGAUUUAAAACCAACAGAGCCAUGUGGAAGAAAAUGAAAUUUUAGUCUCAGUGGCGGAAUCAAGUCAUAAGAAGUAAAGAGAUUUGGAUGGUUUCUCACUAAAUGGAAAUUAUAUAGAAAGCCUCUAAGACCACUGCAUCUCUCCACCCCCCCACUCCUGCUGCACCGAGACUGCACUCUUGGCCUUGGACGUUAUUAAAAUGCUGGAUUCAGUCAAGUGUGUUCUGGUGGGAGACUCUGCAGUUGGGAAAACAUCUCUCCUGGUACGUUUCACCUCUGAGACUUUUCCAGAUGACUACAGACCCACCGUCUAUGAAAAUACCGGAGUGGAUGUCUUCAUGGAUGGCGUACAGAUCAGCUUAGGUCUUUGGGACACAUCUGGCAGUGAUGCCUUUAAAGGCAUUCGCCCCCUCUCCUACCAACAGGCAGAUGUGGUAUUAAUGUGCUACUCGGUAGCAAACCAUAAUUCCUUUCUGAACCUGAGGAACAAAUGGAUCAGUGAGAUCCGCAGCCAUUUGCCCCGCAUCCCCGUUUUGGUGGUGGCCACUCAGACUGACCAGCGUGACAUGGGUCCCUACAGCUCCUCCUGCAUCAGCCCUAUAGAUGGCAAGCGGCUCGCCCAGGAUGUGCGAGCCAAGGGCUAUUUGGAGUGCUCUGCCCUCAGCAACAGGGGAGUGCAGCAGGUGUUUGAGUGCGCUGUGCGGACAGCAGUCAAUCAAGCCAAAAGGCAGAACAGGCGGAAGCUCUUCUCCAUUAAUGAGUGCAAGAUCUUUUGAGGACUGUUAGCAGUGGUUUUGCUCACAUUUGUUCUGUCUGUUUUCUCACAAAGAUGCUGCAGCAGAGAGAAUGGGAGAUGAAUCAACGGAGGGCUCCUGGCAGGACCACAGUGCAGGUGCCUCUUGUGGGACAGGUGUGCUCUUUAUCUGAGCUUCUUCCCUCCAAAACACGUGUGCUAUCUUGAAAAAUGAAAGGUGCAUACCCUUAUUCACAAGCCUGUGUUUGGACUUUGCAAGCCUGAGCUGUAGCAGGCCUAGCCUGCAGAUGUGCAGAUAACAGCAGUACUGAAUUUGGUUUUGUUUCUGUCAAUGCUCCUCAGUUGUUGGUUUGUCUGCAUCUGCAUUUAUUUAAUGACAAAAUUCUGCCUGGAUCAGCCCCCACCUCUGUCCUUGUGGAUAUUUUUUUUUUACUUAAGAAUGUAGUAUAUAAAACCUGACCAAUGUGUAUUUUAUUUAGAGGACUCUUGGAUAUAUUGUUGAAAAUCACAAAAGUUUGUUUUAAUAUUUUGGAGGUUGUCCCUUUAGCUAAUCACAGAAAUGAACUGUCCUAUCCAUGUAAUAAAUGGUCUGCAGGCAAGCCUUAGACAUGCCUGAGUCAUUGCAUAACAGUCAUCAGCAUGUCCAGCGUAGGCGUAAUCAAAACUUAGUGACAUUUGACAGCUGUCUCCUGCAGUUUUGUGAGAUUUGUUACCUUAAUAUUGUUCCUCAACAAUGUGGUCAAAGGUGGAAAACUAAUUUGAUUCUUCCUAGCCUUCACUGUCUUACAACCUCAGGGCUUGCAGACAGGGUUGGUUUAGACAUAUGCUUGGGCUGACAGGGAUGAAUCUGUGCUACCAUCACCUCUGUUGUCCCUGCUGUAAUUCUGGAGGCAAAAGAUUUCAGUCUCCAGAGAUGGAAGAUAUUUUUUCAUGAGCACUUACAUUCUCAUAUAUUUUUAGUACACUUUGUUUCAAAGCAGUGGUUUUAGUGGAACCAGUCACCUACAUUAGUAAAAGAUUGAGUAUGUAGCAAGGUUGAAUGGAUGCCUUUAGAAUGGCUUUUUUUUGAGUUUGCGUGCGAAGUAUAAUUGCCUAGGUUGUGUCCAAGUAAGACUGAAACAGGCUUUACAUCCUAGGGAGCCUGUCAAGUCUAGGAGCCAAAUCCUGAUGUAUGUACUGGGGCCAAGUUACCCUCUUGCACAGAAAGGCUGGCUAAGGGAAUGGAAACUUCAGGCAUGUAAGAGAACUCUGCUAGAAGAUGAAGUGUGUUCAAGCCACAGUGGUGUACAUUCCUUGUAAAUUGUGGCAGUCCCCUCCUCCUCAUAUUAUCUGUCCUCUCUGUCCUGCACCCCCUCUCAGGUCUUGCAGAUCUGACUCAUCCCAAGAGAAUUUCUUAGUGCAGCAAGAUUUUCUUUGUCCCUUUUCCUGUCCUUCAGCUAGCUAGGAACUGACCUUUGAGGGACUUAUAGCAUAGUGCCAUAAAAGGUGGCACAUAGCACAGUGGGAUUAUCUCACCUGUGCUGUAGGUGAGCAAGGAUUUGCUCUGUGGGCAGUUUGAUUAGCAGUGGGACACAGAACACCUGGUGUUGUGAUUGUCCCGCCAGCUUCUUGACUGUUGAAUAUUUACUGCUCAUCAACCUGAUUGUAAGGGAGACUUCUGAACAUAAAAACAUUCUGGUCUCAUCUGAGGUUUUUAUAUCAACCUGAAAUCUUUACAAACUUCUGCACCUGAGCACCCAAGACAGAGAUUUCUGUCACCACCCAUCUUCCCUGAAUUCUUCUAUUUCCUACUUCUUUCUUCUCAAGUGUUGAUUUGUUACUGAAACACUAAAACUGACAUAUUUGUAAAAGAAUCUGAAUGGCAUUGUAUUUGUGUAGAGUUAUGCAAGUGCCCAAGUAUUUGCAGUCCUCAGUUAAAAAUCUUUUGGCUUUUGGGAGAAAUAUUCUUCUACAUGUAAACUCUUGCAACACCUCUCCACUGGAAGUCUUAGGUUUUGUAACUCUAAUUUAAAAGUAGCCAUUGUUACAUUGUUACAAAAGUAGCCAUUGUUGUUUGAACAUUAAAGGUUGCAUGAAAAA